UCGCGCAUGCUCGGUGGCUUUGCUGCGGUCGCCGGGCGCCAUGGGCAAAAAGGACAAGGGGGAGCGAGACAAGAAGAAGUCGAAGAAGCGUCGUAAUGACGAUGAGGAGGAGGAGGACGAAGAGCUGGCUAUGGGAGCAGACUCUGAGGAAGCAGUUCCCUCUGCUGCUGGCAAGCAAGUGGAACAGGCUAUGGUUAAGGAGGAUGAGUAUGGAGCCAAGGACUACAGGACCCAGAUGACGCUGAAGGAUGAUCACUCCUCUAGGCCUCUCUGGGUGGCUCCUGAUGGACACAUUUUCCUUGAAGCCUUCUCUCCGAUAUAUAAGUACGCACAGGACUUCCUGGUGGCCAUUGCUGAGCCUGUUUGCAGACCAACGCACACCCAUGAGUACAAACUGACUGCCUACUCCCUGUACGCGGCCGUAAGUGUCGGGCUACAGACGACUGACAUCAUCGAGUAUCUGCAGAAAUUGAGCAAGACAUCCAUUCCCGAUGGCAUCUUGCAGUUCAUUAAGCUCUGCACUGUUAGUUAUGGGAAGUUGAAGUUGGUCCUUAAGCAUAACAGGUACUUUGUGGAGAGCACGCACCCUGAUGUGAUUCAGAAGCUGCUGCAAGACAAGGUCAUAAAGCAGUGCCGUCUGCGGACUACUGAAGGGGAUGACACCGAGCUCAUCAUGGGCACCAUCUCCAGUAAAUCUGCCAUGUUGAUGCCCAAAUCCUCACAGAGUAAUGGAGCGGCAUCAACAUCGCGGGGUGGGGAGCCUGCGCCCCUUAAGGCCGAUGUCCCCACAGACCUGUUUGAUUUCUACCAGCAGAUGGACAAGGAGGAGGAAGAGGAGGAGGAGCUUCACACUGUCUCCUUCGAAGUCAAGCAGGAAAUGAUCGAGGAGCUGCAGAAACGUUGCAUUCAGAUGGAGUACCCUUUGUUGGCGGAGUAUGAUUUCAGGAACGAUACAGUCAACCCUGAUGUUAACAUUGACCUGAAACCCACUGCUGUGCUGCGGCCCUACCAGGAAAAGAGCCUCCGGAAGAUGUUUGGGAAUGGCCGGGCCAGGUCGGGAGUUAUUGUCCUUCCCUGCGGUGCUGGCAAGUCCUUGGUGGGUGUGACAGCUGCCUGCACUGUGCGGAAGCGAUGUCUGGUGUUGUGUACGUCGGCCGUGUCUGUCGAGCAGUGGAAGUCGCAGUUCAAGAUGUGGUCAACCAUCGAUGAUAGCCAGAUCUGCCGAUUCACUUCGGACGCCAAAGAUAAACCAAUAGGCUGCUCUAUCGCCAUCAGCACCUACUCAAUGCUGGGGCACACGACCAAGCGUUCAUGGGAGGCCGAGAGGGUGAUGGAAUGGCUAAAGAGCCAGGAAUGGGGGCUGAUGCUGCUCGAUGAGGUGCACACCAUUCCUGCGAAGAUGUUCCGCCGUGUCCUCACCAUUGUCCAGGCACAUUGCAAGCUGGGGCUGACAGCCACCCUGGUCCGGGAAGAUGACAAGAUUGUGGACCUCAACUUCCUCAUUGGGCCCAAGCUAUUUGAGGCGAAUUGGAUGGAGCUUCAGAAUAGUGGAUACAUCGCCAAGGUGCAGUGUGCCGAGGUCUGGUGCCCGAUGUCGCCAGAAUUUUACCGAGAGUACGUUGCCAUCAAGACGAAAAAGCGGAUGCUGCUGUAUGUGAUGAAUCCCAACAAGUUCAGAGCUUGUCAGUUCCUGAUUCGCUUCCACGAGCGGAGGAACGAUAAGAUCAUCGUGUUUGCUGACAAUGUGUUCGCACUGAAGGAGUACGCGAUCAGGCUCAACAAGCCAUAUAUUUAUGGUCCCACGUCCCAGGGAGAGAGGAUGCAGAUUCUCCAAAACUUUACUCACAACCCUAAGAUCAACACCAUUUUCAUCUCCAAGGUGGGUGACACCUCGUUCGAUCUCCCCGAGGCCAACGUCUUGAUCCAGAUCUCCUCACAUGGCGGUUCCCGAAGGCAGGAAGCCCAGCGACUGGGCAGGGUGCUGCGGGCAAAGAAAGGAAUGGUGGCUGAGGAGUACAAUGCCUUCUUCUACUCACUGGUAUCCCAGGAUACCCAGGAGAUGGCUUACUCUGCUAAAAGGCAAAGGUUCCUGGUGGACCAGGGCUACAGCUUUAAGGUGAUCACGAAGCUGGCCGGAAUGGAUGAGGAAGAUCUGUCCUUUGGUACCAAGGAGGAGCAGCAACAACUACUGCAGAAGGUCCUUGCUGCCUCUGACCUAGACGCAGAGGAGGAGGUGGUGCUUGGGGAGUUCGGCUCCAAGGGGCAGGUGAUGCGACGUACUGGCACGAUGAGCUCCAUGUCAGGAGCGGACGACACCGUUUACCUGGAAUACCAGCGGAGCAAGAGCCUGGGAAAGAACAUCCACCCUCUCUUCAAACGCUUCAGGAAGUGAGCGCCGUGGGCCCACACUGCUGCUCGGGACUGUGGUUUUCACAUUGAAAAUACGCGGACAAUGUUUGGGAUAUUUAUUAUCUUUGCUCUCAGUUGGAGAGAUGUUGGAAUAAAUAAUUAUUUUCUUUUAAAUGUCUAUAUAACCGUAUAACAAUUACAGCACGGAAACAGGCCAUCUCAGCCCUUCUAAUCCAUGCCAAACGUUUACUCUCACCUAGACCCACUAACCUGCACUCAGCCCAUAACCCUCCAUUCUUUUCCUGUCCAUAUAGCUAUCCAAUUUAACUUUAAAUGACAAUAUUGAACCAGCCUCUACCACUUCUGCUGGAAGCUCGUUCCACGCAGCUACCACUCUCCGAGUAAAGAAGUUCCCCCUCAUGUUGCCCCUAAACCUUUGCCCUUUAACUCUCAACUCAUGUCCUCUUGUUUGAAUCUCCCCCACUCUCAGUGGAAAAAGCCUAUCCAUGUUAAUUCCAUCUAUCCCCCUCAAAAUUUUAAAUACCUCUAUCAAGUCCCCCCUCAACCUUCUACGCUCCAAAGAAUAAAGACCCAACUUGUUCAACCUUUCUCUGCAACUUUGGUGAUGAAACCCAGGUAACAUUCUAGUAAAUCUUCUCUGUACUCUCUCUAUUUUGUUGACAUCUUUCCUAUAAUUUGGUGACCAAAACUGUACACAAUACUCCAAAUUUGGCCUUACCAAUGCCUUGUACAAUUUUAACAUUACAUCCCAACUCCUAUACUCAAUGCUCUGAUUUAUAAAGGCCAGCAUAUCAAAAGCUUUCUUCACCACCCUAUCCACAUGAGAUUCCACCUUCAGGGAACUGUGCACCAUUAUUCCUAGCUCCCUCUGUUCUACUGCAUUCUUCAAUGCUCUACCAUUUACCAUGUAUGCCCUAUUUUGAUUAGUCCUACCAAAAUGUAGCACCUCACAUUUAUCAGCAUUAAACUCCAUCUGCCAUCUUUCAGCCCACUCUUCUAACUGUCCUAAAUCUCUCCGCAACCUUUGAAAACCUACUUCAUUAUCGACAACUCCACCUAUCUUAGUAUCAUCUGCAUACUUACUUAUCCAAUUUACCACCCCAUCAUCCAGAUCAUUUAAUAUACAUGACAAACAACAUUGGACCCAGUACAGAUCCCUGAGGCACACCACUAGUCACCGGCCUCCAAUCUGACAAACAGUUAUCCACCACUACUCUCUGGUGUCUCCCAUCCAACCACUGCUGAAUCCAUUUUACUACUUCAAUAUUAAUACCUAACGGUUAAACCUUCCGUGUGGAACCUUGUCAAAGGCCUUACUGAAGUCCAUAUAGACAACAUCCACCACUUUACCCUCGUCAACUUUCCUAGUAACCUCUUCAAAAAAUUAAAUAAGAUUUGUAGAGCAUGACCUUCCAUGCACAAGUCCAUGUUGACUGUUCCUAAUCAGACCCUGUCUAUCCAGAUAAUUAUAUAUGCCAUCUCUAAGAAUGCUUUCCAUCAAAUUACCCACCACUGACGUCAAACUCCAGGCUGAUAAUUACUAGGUUUACUCUUAGAACCCUUUCUAAACAAUGGAACAACAUGAGCAAUACGCCAAUCUUCCGGCACCAUCCCCGUUUCUAAUGACAUUUGAAAUAUUUCUGUCAGAGCCCCUGCUAUUUCAACACUAACUUCAAGGUCCCAGGGAAUAUCCUGUCAGGACCCUAAGACUUAUUCACUUUUAUAUUCCUUAAAAGCACCAGUACUUCCUCUUCUUUAAUCAUCAUAGUUUCCAUAAUUUCCCUACCUGUUUCCCUUACACAAUUCAAUAUCCUUCUCCUUGGUGAAUACUGAAGAAAAGAAAUUGUUCAAAAUCUCCCCCAUCUCUUUUGGCUGCACACACAGCUGUCCACUCUGAUUCCCUAAGGGACCAAUUUUAUCCCUCACUAUCCUUUUGCUACUAAUAUAACUGUGGAAACCCUUUGGAUUUAGUUUCACCUUACUUGCCAAAGCAAUCUUGUAUCUUCUUUUAGCUUUUCUAAUUUCUUUCUUAAGAUUCUUUUUACAUUCUUUAUAUUCCUCAAGCACCUCAUUUACUCCAUGUUGCCUAUAUUUAUUGUAGAUAUCUCUCUUUUUCCAAACCAAUAUCUCUUGAAGACCAUGGCUCUCUCAAAAUUUUAACCUUUCCUUUCAACCUAACAGGAACAUAAAGAUUCUGUACCCUCGAAAUUUCACCUUCAAAUUACCUCCAUUUCUCUAUUACAUCCUUCCCAUAAAAUAAAUUGUCCCAAUCCACUCCUUUUAAAUCCUUUCGCAUCUCCUUAAAGUUAGCCAUUCUCCAAUCAAAAAUCUCAACCUGGGUCCAGACCUAUCCUUCUCCAUAAUUAUAUUGAAACUAAUAGCAUUGUGAUCACUGGACCUGAAGUGCUCCCCAACACAAACCCCUGUCACCUGAUCUAUCUUAUUCCCUAACAGGAGAUCCAACACUGCCCCUUCUCUAGUUGGUACCUCUAUGUAUUGCUGCGAAAAACUAUCCUGCACUCAUUUUACAAACUCCAAACCAUCCAGCCCUUUUACAGUAUGGGCUUCCCAGUCUGUGUGUGGAAAAUUAAAAUCUCCCACAAUCACAACCUUGUGCUUUUAUAAAUUUGCUCCUCCAAUUCUCGCUCCCCAUUUGGUGCUCUGUAAUACACCCCCAUGUGUUACUACACCUUUUUCAUUCCUCAAUUCCACCCAAAUAGCCUCCCUACACGAGCCUUCUAAUCUAUCCUGCCAGAGCACCGCUUUAAUAUUUUCUCUGACACGCAAUGAAAUCCAGGAAUAUUUCGUUGCCAAUCACACCUGUCCUGUAACCAUGUUUCACUAAGAGCUACCACAUCAUACUUCCAGGUAUCAAUCCAUGCUUUAAGCUCAUCCACCUUUCUUAUAAUGCUCCUAGCAUUAAAAUAAAUGCAUUUAAGAAAUUUUCCACCUCUUACUCUCUGUUUAUCACUAACGGUGCAAACAACUUUACUAUUUUUUUUCUUCUUUCUCCCCUACAUCUGUUCCUACACUGGUUACCCUCCCCCCUUGUAUCUAGUUUAAAUCCACUGGAGCCUGUCUAGCAAACCUACCUGCAAGAAUAUUUGUCCCCCUCCAGUUCAAAUGUAAACCGUCCCACUGGAACAGGUCCCACCUUCCCUGGAAAACUGCCCAAUUACCUAUAAAUCUGAAGCCCUCCCUCCUGCACUAUGUCUUCAGCCACGUGUUGAUCUGCGCUAUCUUACUAUUUCUAAACCCGCCUGCACGUGGCACUGGUAGCAAUCCUGAGAUUGCUAUCCUGGAGGUCCUGUCCUUUAACUUGGCGCCUAACUCCCUAAACUCGCCUUUCAGGACUUCCUCACUCUUCCUACCCAUGUCAUUGGUCCCUACAUGGACCACGACAUCCGGCUGCUCAUCCUCCCUCUUGAGAAUACAGACGACUCGAUCCGAGAUACGCGGACCUUGGCACCAGGGAGGCAACAGACCAUCUGGGAUUCUCGAUCUCUUCCACAGAACCUCUUACCUGUCCCCCUAACUAUCGAAUCCCCUAUCACUACUGUUCUCCUCUUCUCCCUCCUUCUUGGUGCCAGAGAUGCGACCACUGCAACUUGUCCCUUUGUCCCUGGUAUGUCGUACCCAUCAACAGUAUCCAAAAUGAUAUACUUAUUAUUGGUGGGAAUGGCCACAGGGGUGCUCUGCUCAUUCUGUGUAUUUCCCUUCCCUCUCCUGACAGUCACCCAGCUACCUGUCUCCUGACUCCUAGGGGUGACUAUCUCCCGAAUGAUCCGAAGUUCUUCCAGCUCCAGCUCCAGACAUUCAGAACAGUGAACAAUACAGCACAGGACAGGCCAUUUGGCCCACAAUGUUAUGCCAUUCCAGAUGCUGAUUUGCACUAAAUAUCCCCUCCUGCGUCGGGCAGAUGGGGCUCUUCAGCCACAGUUGGCAGCUCAUCUGGGAGAAGCUAAUCAAACCUCUGCUGCCUUGCAGUUAUACACUCAUGGGGAAAGCUUUUGGAGUAAAUCCUGAGGAAAAAAUCUGGAGCUGGAGGCCCUAAGGCAGUCCUACUUUGAGUUCAACACUGACAAUUGUUGUGACAUUGCUGGUGCCAAACUGUUUUGAUCUCCGAGGUUCCUUUGAAUUCAUCAGUUGUGUGGGGCGGUGGGGGCUGCCCAAUGGAUAACAGCUAGGAUUCAACAUCCAUGGUUGAUGCUAUCGGGGUCUCAGUACGCCUCCUGUCUAUCAUCUAUAAUCCCUCCAUUCCCUCCGUAUUCACGUUAUCUAUCUAAGCCUCCUAACCUCCACCAGAUCUCUACCCUUGAUAACCCAUUCCAGGUACCUACCAGUCUCUUUAAAAAAGAAAUUCCCUUUACAUCAUCUUCAAACUCCCCACUUCUAACCUUAAAAAUAUGUCUUCUUGUAAGCAUUUGACAUGUCUACCCUGGGGAAAGAUUCUGCCAGUCUGCUCUAUAUAUGCCUCUCAGAACUUUAGAAACUUCUCAGGUCUCCCCUUUGGCCUCGAGUGCUCGAGAACAACCCAAGUUUGUCCAACCUCUUCCCCCUUCCUUUUGGAGGUGGAUGGCUAACAUGAUCCGUCAUACAGAUGCAGAGACUCAGGUUCUUGAGAACCAAUUCAAUUAUAAAAUUUUCGGCUAUCUGGGAUCCAUUUCUUGCCUACCUGGACGAGGCCGGGGGCAGAUGAACAAUUUCCCCCCGGCUGAUCUCUCACAGCCCGCAUUCGAGACUUAAUUUUGAGCACUCUGUACAACAGGCAUCCCUCUAAUGUUAUGUCCCUUUUUUUUGGCUUAUUUUAUUUUUACACACAUCUGAGCUUAUAUGUUCCUGUUGAUUUUGUUCUUUGAAAAUAAAAUAUUUUUUA